UGGAUGCUCCCUAUAUGGUGUAACCGGUACUUGCAUGUAUAUUGUAUGCAAUUAUGUAAUAUUAUAACAAAGCUUUAAUAACUAUAUGGUGCAUAAACAUUUUAUUUUCAUAUCAUGGAAUUCAAAUCAAUAGAUCUGAUAUAUAUAAUUGGAGUUAUAUCAUGUGUUGUGCCGUGUAUAUAUGGUACCUGUGAGCCAGGCUGGUAUGAGUACUAUGACAACUGUUACUAUGUUUCGGAUUCACGAUACAAUCAUCGGGAUUUGGAACAUGCAUGUGCUUCGAGAAAUGCUAGUUUGUGGAUCUGGCAUUCAACAGAUGAACUGAAAUGGAUGACAAAACUGGUUAGUCAGGGUGCAAGAAUACUUUACUGGACAGAUCUGCAGUUGGUAAACAGACGAUGGAAGUUUAUGGAUGGUACUCCAUAUAAUUCACGAAAUAUACCAUGGUAUAGGAAUAAGGAAGGGGACAGAAACAGUAAUUCAAAUAAAUGUGCUGGGUUGUACUCUUACAAACCAGAUAUUGGAAAAAUACAAGCUAGAAGGUGUACAGAUGGCUGGGGAACUAUAUGUGUCCGACCUAAAGCAAUGCUGGAUCUGUGUGACCUGGCUGAUGGUUGGCAGUAUAGAGAUGGUAGAUGCCUCAAGUUCUUUGAUACUCCACAGUCCUGGUUCAACGCGAGGAAAACUUGCCAAGCAAAUCAAGGAGACCUUACAAUUUACAAGAACUAUGAUGAACUCAGAAGUCUUGACAGUCUUAUUACAUGUCGUACCAUUGAUAAUGUAGCCUGGAUUGGACUCUCAGACACUGUUCAGCCCAGAAUGUGGAGGUGGAUAAAUAACGACACGGUCAGAUAUGCAAGAUGGUAUUCAUAUGGCAAUCAAAUUCUAAAGAACGGCUCUACCUGUUCAGCUGCAUCUCCUAUUGAUGGGUGGGCCUGGAGAAACUAUGUUUGUGAUACACAACUCAAGUUUAUAUGUAACAGGUCUCUAGGUGUAUGUCCGGCUGGAUGGUUGCAGAAUCAGGACAGAUGUUAUGAUCCUAAUGUUGUAGAUACUGCCAAGAAAACUUGGUUUGAUGCUAAAACAUACUGUGAGAGUACUGGAGCCUCUCUGCUUGUUAUAAAUAGUCAACAGGAACAGUCUUUCAUCAAUGUCACUUUGAAUUCACUGAAAGUGAAUAGGGCAUGGCUCGGAUUUUCAGAUAUGAAUCAGUCAGAUACCUUGCAAUGGUUAGAUGGAAGAUUAACAAAAAAUGCAAGUUCUUACCAACUGUGGGACAGAAAUUUUCCAAAGCCGAUUGCCAAAAGAUUUGAUUGUGGACUUAUAGUGAAAGGUCUAAUGGAUUCUAGAUGGUCCAAUGUCUACUGCUUUAAGCCAACAGCUUUCUUCUGUGAGAUGUCGAUCACAACAGUUCCCUUCAACCCUACAGUUCCGCCAGUAAACUACAUUUGUGAUCAUGACUGGGUUUUGUUCCGAGGAGAGUGCUACUACUUUGGACCAGUUCGUAACCAGUCCUUGAAGAACUGGUAUGAUGCCAAUGACUUUUGCAAGAGCUCUGGAGCACAACUGGUUGUCAUUGGAAACCCAUACGAGAUGUCAUUUGUGACUGUUCAGCAAUCAAAGAUUGUUACAGCAUGGAUAGGACUCAAGUAUGAUAAAUCUAAUGAUGUCUUCAGAUGGGUGGAUGGUUCAACUCCUGGACAAUACUGGGCUAAUGAAACCAAUUUUUACCCUAAUGAACCAGACGAUUACAAGAAUGGACAGGAAUGUAUUCAGAUUAUCGGAGGACGUAGGGAUUAUACAGGAUCAUGGGAUGAUGGAAAUUGCUCAAUACAGCAGGGGUUCAUCUGUGAGAAAAAUGCUGUUCCUAAGGUGAUACUGCCACCAUCAGGCCCACCUGUACCUACUCAGAUUUCACCGCAGUGUGGUUUUGGUUGGAUCUCUAGUACCAGUAAUAACUUCUGUUACCAAGUGGUUCUUGGACUGCCAAAGACAUGGCAGGGAGCUAAAGCCUAUUGUCAGCAGAAUGGUGGGGACCUACUCAGUAUAUCUGGUGUGAGUGAACAGAAUUUCGUUCAAGCUGUGUUAUCAUCUGGAAAGUAUGCUUCUAUACAGCUGAACUUUUGGAUUGGUGCUACAGACCAGACACAGGAAGGAGGCUGGCACUGGAAUGAUAACACACCAUUCAGGUAUUUGAACUGGCAUCCAGGUGAGCCUAACAAUGUGAUGUUUGGUGCCCAGCCUGAAGACUGUGCUGAAAUGGUACCAGCCUGGAACUACCAGUGGAAUGAUAAAUAUUGUAGCAAGGAACAGGUCUUCAUCUGCAAGAAAAAUGCUCUGAUGACCACUGCUUUAACUGUGGCUCCACCUACAGGUUUCAAUAAAGGUAAUUGUCAUGGAGAGGCCAUGAUAUCAGGGAAUUACAGUCUGGUUGAUACAAGGUCAUUCACCUCGUCAACAGCACGCGAUGCUCAACAUUUAGCCAUCAAUUCAAGGCUGUUCCCCGGUAACAUGCAAGCAGGCGGAGGUUGGUCAGCUAAAACUGCAAAUACUAACCAAUAUAUAGCAGUGACAUUCUACAACACAAUUGUGGUGAAAGGUAUAUCCACAGCUGGACGGACAGAUGUUGAUGAAUGGGUAACACAAUUUAAGAUACAGUACCAGGAGACAUACUACUCUGAAUGGUUAACAUACAAUGAUCCACCUGGCACUGUCAAGAUAUUUUCAGCGAACAAUGACUCCUCUACAUCAGUUACAAACGUGCUGUUCUUCCCAUUUGAAGCCAAGCAAGUGAAGCUGGUUCCUGUACAAUGGCACCAGGGUAUAUCCCUCAGAUGGGAGAUUCUUGGCUGUCUUGAAGAGAGCUGUAUACCUGAUUAUGCUGUGAGCGGACCUCUUGUUGCUAUGGAUGGUCAGCUGCAAGCUUCAGGUGUUUAUGACAUAGCACAUGAUGCAAAGGCAGCCAGGUUACGCCCAGUUACCCAGAGUACUUCACCAGCAUGUUGGAAACCUCAAACCUCUGAUACUAACCAGUGGAUUCAGGUAGAUUUAGGUAAUGUAUUUGUGGUUCGUGGUGUAACUGUGAAGGGUAACCCAGCAGCACAGGAGUGGGUAACACAGUUCAGGGUGAAGUAUGGUCUGGAUGGUACCUCAUUCGUCUACUACCAGGAACCAUAUGGAAAACCUAAGACAAUCUCAGGGAAUGUAGAUAACAGUUCGCCUGUAACAUAUUACUUCAAGUCUCAUUUCCAAGCUAAAUUCAUCAGGAUACAACCAACUGGCUGGAACACAGGGAUAGCACUAGCUUUUGAUGUCCUAGUUUGUCAGAAUGGUUGUAAUGGGGUAGCAUUAAUGAGUGGAAAACAUCAUAUUGCUGAUAAACAGUUAAGUGCAUCAUCAGUACUUGAUAACCGACACACCGUAAGUAGAUCUCGUCUAAAUCUCCCGGCCAAUGGAGCUUAUGGCGGAGCAUGGAUACCCAAAUACAGUGAUAAACAGCAAUAUCUGAAGGCAGAUUUGGGGUUUGCGAUACAGAUUACAGGAGUAGCCACCCAGGGUGCGUUUGACUCUGGGGACUGGGUGAAAACAUACAGACUUAGCUAUUCCAACGAUAAUGUUAAAUGGGUGUAUUACUAUGAAUUAGGAAGCAGUCCAAAGGUAUUUGAUGGUAACUGGGAAAACAAGAUAGUGAGAAAACAUAACCUGUUGAUACCAUUUAUAGCCAGGUAUAUACUGAUAUAUCCUCAGACCUGGAACAGCAGAAUCGCUCUCAGAUGGGAACUUUAUGGCUGCCCUGGUGCUGCCUCAGGUGUUAGAAUUGGUUGUUUUGCUGAUGAUGAUCAUGACCGAGACCUUCCCUUUGAGCCAUACACUGACCCCAGGGUGGGAAUGUGGCCCCCAAUGUGUGUGGACCAUUGUUUCAGAAAAGGUUACUACUAUGCAGGGUUACAGGACCAGUUUAAAUGUUUCUGUGGUAACUCAUAUGGCAAGUAUGGUCCAGCAACGGACUGUAAACUCUCGUGUUUUCCCAAGACAAACUUUCAAUGUGGAGGACCAACUUCUAACAUCAUCUAUACAACAGGAAUGUCACCAGAAUUCAAGAUCUGUCCAACCAGUUGGAAGUCUUACAAUAAUCGCUGUUAUAUACUGAUCUUGGACAAGCAGUCAUGGUACGAUGCACGAGCUAGCUGCAAGUCUGAGGGUGGGGAUCUCGCCUCACCCAAUAGUCAGGCAGAGCAGGACUUUGUCUUCAGUCUGCUUCAGUAUGCAAAUGGUCAGAGUACUUGGAUAGGUUUUAAUGACAUACAAGAUGAGUCUGUUUUUAACUGGGCUGAUGGUCGGCAGGUUAAGUACACAAACUGGGGUUUAAACCAACCAAGCCAUACGGCUAAUGCCAACCAAGAUUGUGUUCUAAUGCAGAACAAAUCUGGAGGCUGGCAGGACGCAUCCUGUGAUGUCAGUCACAUGUUUGUGUGUCAGAUGGACAAACAGCGAGCUAGUAAGCCAGUUGCUACAGUAGUACCUACUGGGUGCCAGACUGGCUGGGAUGGGUACCGGUGGUCCUGCUACCUUUAUGGGGAUGCCAAAAGGACUUGGCAAGAGAGCAAAGCAGUGUGUGAAACCUUUGGAGGAUCUUUGGCUCGGAUUGGAGAUAGAUAUGAACAGUCGUAUUUAUCAGGUGUGCUGGGUGCCAGAACAGGACAAUAUUGGAUAGAUGUAAAUGAUCUAGCACAGUCGGGAACCUACCAGCACACUGUUGGAAGACCAUCCCUGGCAUUCACCAACUGGGCAAAAAAUAAACCAGAUGGAACCUCGCAGUGUGUUUCCAUAGGAAGUGGUAACAUGACUGGCUUAUGGAGUAAUCAGCCAUGCACUAACAAGGCUGGGUUAGUAUGUAAGAAGACCAGGGUAGGAUACACUGCUCCAACCCUGCCCUCAGCAACAACCACACUCCCUCCUUGUGACCCAGGACUCAUACAGACACCAAGCUAUUGUUAUCAGGUGAACAAAGUUGCCAGUCAUCUAGAGCGCACCUGGGAUGAAGCUCUGGAUGAUUGUGUAAGCAAGGGAGGUAAUCUUGCUUCAUUCCACAGUGCAGCUGACAUAGACUAUGUAUGGAGAAACGCUCUUGUAGGAACAUCAACAUCAUUUUGGAUUGGUCUUAAUGACAGAGCUUCAGAAAAUGGGUAUGUAUGGACUGAUGGAAGUGCAGUCAAUGUUUUGAACUGGAAUGUUAAACAACCAGACAAUUACAACGGUUUUGAAGAUUGUGUGGAGAUGUGGAGUUCUACGUCAAAAUGGAAUGAUGCAGCCUGUAUGUCCAGAAAUAGUUGGAUCUGCAUGGUGAAAAGAGGACCAGGAGGACAUUUUACAACAUUGAAAACAGUGACAGCACCAGCCACACAGUCUAGUUCACUAUGCAAAAGUCUUGUUGGAAGUGGAUGGGUAGCCUAUCAUGGUUCCUGUUACAGAGCUAAUGAUGGAAACGGGGACCAGGGAAAGUCAUGGAGGCAGGCUCGUCGGACAUGCCAACAGUCUGGUGGAGAUCUUGCAUCCAUACUCUCCCAAGCAGAACAAGCUUUUAUAUAUCUUACACUGUUGAAAAAUAUAUCUGCAAAUUCAGUGUGGAUUGGCUUGAAUGCACUUGACCUGAACAAUGGAUAUAAGUGGUCUGAUGGCUCAGUUGUGACAUACUAUAACUGGGGGAAGAAUGAACCAAAUGAUGCUGGCGGGGAGGAAGAUUGUGUAGACAUAUUCCUUAGAACUGGUAACUGGAAUGAUGACCACUGUUCCUACCAGAUGGGAUAUAUUUGUAAAGUACAGUUGGGUAUGCCACCUACCCCCCCUGUUCCCACUGGACUAUGGGCAGGAAAUUGUCCAACUGGUUUUAAUUUACUAUAUAACAGAUGCUACAGAAUAUAUCUAACCCCUGUGAACUGGACAACAGCCCUGGCUAAUUGUAAAGGACUAGGAUCUGGCUACAACCUUGCUAGCAUUCUGGAUGAUGUCACAAAUGCCUUUAUAACAACUAUGAUGGCAGCGAUGAAAGUAAAUCCAUGGAUAGGUCUACAUAAGAACUGGGGGAACCAGCUGUUGUGGGUGAACAAUGAUGAAACAACUUAUACUAACUGGGCACACAAUGAACCUAAUGGUAAACAAAAAGAAGCUUGUGUACAGAUAAUGGGGUAUCCUGGUAUGGUUGGACAGUGGAAUGAUGUAAGCUGUGCAACUACUCAUGGAUAUGUUUGUAUGACAAAGAAAGAUCCAACGAUUAGUACACCAGAACCGGUACCCAGUAUCUGUGAUGUAAAGCAAGGACAAAAGCUGUUUCAGACUGGGUGCUAUUUCUUUGUAAACAAAGCAGUCAACUGGUCAGCUGCAAAUGAUUACUGUAUUCAACAAGGAGGAGGAUAUUUGUCAUCGGUAAACUCUGGAUUUGAGCAGGCUUAUAUAUACCUGACCAUGAAGCAGAACCAUGUUGAUGCAGUGUGGAUUGGGUUAAAUGAUGUCAAGCAAUCUGGAACAUAUUCAUGGACAGAUGGUUGGCCAGUGUUGUACACAAAUUGGGAUGCUGGACAGCCAGUAGGUGGUCAAGGGUGUGUGAUUGUCAAUUCUACAGGAAGAUGGAUUGAUACCAACUGUACAUCUAAAUAUCCCUCAAUAUGUAAAAUCUCCUCAGCAUCUCCAUCACUGACCCCACCAGCCCCUAAUGGACUGUGUGACCCUGGUUGGUACUCGUACAGUAGUCAGUGUUACUACCUGGGUGUGAAUGUUCCUAGAACAGCACUAGAUGCUGGUUUCUAUUGUCAACAACAUAAAGGGGCACUUGUAUCCAUUCACAACCAGACAGUGAACCAGUUUCUUGUCAAAACUAUGACAUCAUUGGCUGUCAAUGGUCAGAGCUUCUGGACUGGUUUACAUAAGUCAAUAGAUUCUGGUUUCCAGUGGAUAGAUAGAUCUCCAGUACAGUACACUAAUUGGAGAAAAGGGGAACCAUCAACUCGGGGAUGGUCAGGAAACUUAGAGAAUUGUGCUGAAGUAUUUUUGUCUGAUGGAAAAUGGAAUGACGAGGACUGUAACAGUAAACGACUGUUUGUCUGCGAAAAAUCACCAGCUGUUGAUAUCAGCAAGAUUCAGAUUGGUACAGGAGGAGCACCCAUCAAUGUUCCCACUCCAAUACCUUUCACCCGCCCUUCCAUAUUGCCAAUACAGAGAACCCCUUCACCACCAACAAACAGCAUAUCACAGAAAACCCCACCAACAGACAAACCACCAGUAACUCAGAAAUCCCAGCCAACAGCAAUUAUACCUCAUGUAACAGUGACACAGAAAACAUUAGUUGUGGUGUCUGAUAAUGCAAAACCAGUGACAGGAGCUCUGCCAUCUAUCUCUGUUAGACCAUACACUGGAGGAAGCACUCAGAAUCCAAUGCAGCAAUCUGCUGAUCAAGAAUCUACAUCAACAACAGGUCUAGGUAUGUCUUCUGGAGCACUUGCUGGAAUCAUCUUGGCAUCUGUCGUUAUCAUUUUACUUGUUGUCCUGAUAGCCAUGUAUUGGCGGCGAAACACCAGAGCAGGAAAACAGACAAACUUUGGGCUUGGCAAUGGAGGAUUUGAGAACCAGAUUUACAGAUAUGAUUCUCAGUCAGAACAAGUAACUGAAACAAAAGGUGGUUUAAAUUUACGUACAAUGAGCGAAUCCAGUAGCUAGACAAAAUACCAUACAUAUAGUUGCAUGUGCAGUUACUUCAUACUACCUGGUUAGAAAAAAAAUUGAUGGGAAAGUGACAUAGAAAUUAAGUUUUUAUGUAUGUCUGAAAGUGUUUUAACUUAUAAAACUGUAACUUGCUUUAGUAUUUAAUGACUAUAGUUUUUUCUUGCUGGUUCACCUGAAUUCAUCUGUAAACGUUGCACUCACAUGACUACAGCUUCGUGAGUAAGAUUUAAUGGCAUUUCUGUAGGUCAUGGAAUUUUUAAAAAAAAUAUAACUGACAUCAUAUAUAGAGUGCAAUGAAUAUACUAGUGCAAUGAAUAUACUAGUGCAAUAAAUACAGUGCAAUGAAUAUUAACUAAGGCCUAUUAGUGCAAUGAAUAUAGUGCAGUGGAUAUAGUGCAAUGAAAAGAUACUGAUUGGACAAUGAAAAAUUGUGCUGUUGUGAUUGAAAAACAACUAAAUUCUGUGAGGCCACAUUUAUGACUAUCUUCAUGAAAUUUAGUCAGAAUGCUUAUCUUGAUAAUUCCUAUGCCAAGUUCAAAACUGGGUCAUAGGGUCAUCAUGACCCUCUUGUUUACAAAGCUAGUUAUUUUUGCCGCAACAUUCUCUCCGACCCUAUAAUUUUGUCCUGUUGUAACUUUAUUUGUUGAUAUGCAAUAAUAUCUGGUUAAAUUAAUUAGAGCUUACAUUACGGC